CUGGGGAGCUCCAAAAGACCUCGAAGCUCCCAUGUCAACAUCAACAAACAUCUCCUUCAAAAGUCCCAAUCAUGUCGCAUCUCUCGAAUCCUCUAGCCACGGCAGACCAGCUAUACCAAAGAUCCAAUGCCCUGCCAAUUGAAAUCCAAGAUAGCAUCCGUUUCUACACGGCGCGUCUCACACAAGCCGCUGGGAUCCUUUUGCGCCUUCCCCAGGAUAUCACUGCGCAGGCCAAUGUAUUGCUCUUUAGGUAUUGGGUUGUUGAUGAUUUGAUGGCGCAUGAAUUUAGUGUAUGAUUCCUUACUUUUCUCUUUGUUUUGAAUUGAGGCAUUGGGGAUAGAUCAGAGGAAGGAGAUAACUAACUGGGCGCAUAGGAUGUCUCGGCUGCGACCAUCUACCUAACGGCCAAAAUAUCCGCUGAACCACGUUCACUGAGAAGUAUCACGAAUGUCUACGCAUACCUCCUCUCCUCUCCCUCCCUGUCGCUGUCCAAAAACCCCGGAUCAAGUAGCGAUGGAGAUGGCAAUGCGAAAGUAGAUCCCGAGUCUUAUUACCUCUCCGAAGGGACGUACAUCACCACCCGCAACCGCAUUUUAAACAUCGAAGGGCAAAUCCUCAAUGCCCUCGGCUUCGUAACCCAUGUCGCCCUUCCCCAUCCUCUGGCCAUCACGUAUCUCCAGACUUUGGAUGUCUUCGCAAAUGCCAAUGGGAAGGCGAAGGAGUUGGCGAGGAGGACGGUGGAGUGGCUUAAUACUGCGCUGCUGAGUCCGCAGAUGUUGUAUUUGACGCACCAGCCGGCUAGUUUGGCGACUGCAGCGAUCUAUCUGGCUGCCAGGGAGACGGGGGUCAAGAUGCCGGACGUGGAGUGGUGGGAGGUGUUUGAUUGUGAGAGAGAGGAGUUGGGGUUUUUGGUUGUUGGGAUGGGGAGUUUGGGUGGGUUGGUGGAGAGGGAAGGGAAGAGAUGGGGGGAGAGGGGGAUGAUUAGUAGGCUUGGGGUUAGGGAGGAGGUGAAAUACUUGAAUGGUGGUGGGGUGGUGGAUGAGGAGGUUGAGACGGCGAGGUUGAUGGAUGAAAAGGUUGGGGCUUGAGGGGUUACUUUUGUUGUCGAUACUUGGGAUACCAUGGGAAAGGAUGGAUUGGGACGAAUCUACCAGGUUUGAUUGUGGUAUAUCCCUUUGAUACUUCUUUUGAUUCCGGAUGUCCCACGCUCGAGUUACUGUGCAAAGCUACAUGCGAGGAUACCAGAAUUACAACUGGAUCAGGAAGAUCAACCGGAACUUGGAAAGUACCACGAUAUGAGGGCAUCACAGGGCACGUUGCAUGUUCAGGAUGUUUCCAGCUACUUUCACCAAAUUUAGUAUGACUGGGACAUCCGGAGGAACCGAAGGGAUCGGGGCUGUAAUUUGGGACAUAGGGCUAGAUGGCACCUGUAAAAGUCCCAAAUGCGGUGUGUAAAUUCAAACGAGCAAAGGAUACGAGACCUGAGGAAUUGUGUAGGUCCAACUUAGUACUUCAACUUAGUUAAAGUACAAUUUCAC